AUGGUAAAACACGAAAUGAAGAAUUCUCUUUCGGACGACGGUGAUUCAAAUAUCAUCAAUGAAAAUGGCAAACGACCGAGUGAUUCAGUCAAUAAAGAUAGCAAAAAGCGUAUUAAAACGAAGAGCUUAUAUCGUCAACCGACCGCGAACGAAUUGAACAGGCUUCAAGAGACAGAAAAUCUUUUUAAUUCGAAUCUAUUCAGACUUCAGAUCGAGGAAGUACUCCAGGAAGUUAAGGUAAAAGAGAAAACGGUGAAAAGAUUCCAAGAAUGGUUUACAGCAUUCAAAACAUACUUGUUGACAAUACCUGAAGAUGAUACAGAAUAUGAUUUGACUGAGAAGUCGCUUGCUAAACAAUUGGGUGUUAAACUGCCGAUAAGUAAACGCCACGAUAAUACAAAGGUUAUGUUCAAAUUUCAUAAAUUUAACGAUAUCGAAAUUGUCGGUUCCUAUUCAAUGGAUUGCUCGAUUAGUUCAAAACUAAUCAUCGACUUACAAAUAAUAGUCCCCGCUGAAACAUACACCAAGAAUGAUUCCAUAAAUUAUAAAUAUCAUAAAAAACGCGCAGCAUAUCUGGCAUGUAUAGCUUCUCAUUUAAAGAAGUUGGGAAUAGUAGAAGAAAUAAAAUAUACAUUUUUGAAUGGAUGUGAAACAAAGCCUAUCAUUCAAAUCAAACCAAACGGAAAACUCGGUAACCAUUUAUUGGUACGACUAAAUCUUGCUUGUGAUGCUGAAGCAUAUAAAUAUCAUAGAUUUAGCCCGUCUCGUAAUAACUUGAGAGAAUCGUGGCUGUACUCGUCAGAAAACCCCGAGAAUGUGUCUGAACUCGGUCCACCAACUCCAUACUACAAUAGCAGUAUACUAUGUGAUAUAACUGCAUCCGAAAAUCAAGAGUUUUUAAGAAAAACUUUGAUAAAUAGUGAAAAUCUCAAACAGGCUGUUAUCUUACUUAAGAUAUGGCUAAGACAACGCAGUUUACAAAUCUCCGGACAUGUAAUUAGUAUGUUGAUUGCAUAUCUUGUGCAGUCGAAAAGAAUAAACAACAUUAUGAGCAGUUAUCAAAUCAUAAGGAAUGUCUGGAUUGCUUUAAAGUCAUCAGAAUGGGAUAAAAAAGGUAUAUCUCUUAGCAAAGACCAGAAUGCAUCAAUACAAGAGUUCCAUGAACAUUUUCCAGUAGUAUUCCUCGAUAGGACUGGUUACUAUAAUAUGUGCUGGCAAAUGUGUAAAGGAACUUACUAUGCUUUACGAAGAGAAUCGAGUCUUGCAGUGGAAAUACUAGAUAAUGGAAAGAUAAAUAGUUUUAUACCGUUAUUUAUGACGCCCGUAACGCCCUUGUUACAAUUUGAUAGAAUAUUAAGAUUUAAAAAUCUCUCCGAAGUAAAGGAAACUGUUUUAAAUAAAGCUCCUAAAACAGUCAGAGUUAACUACGGUGUGGAUCAUUUAGCUCUGGUCGCUGAUGCUCUCUACAACUUGAUGUUAAAAGGCCUCGGUGAGCGAGUUGAUUUGAUACAGCAAGUUGUUGAAGCAGAUUUCUCCUGGUCAGUCAAAAAACCAUUAGACAAGGCUAAGAAGGAGGGAUAUGAAGAAAAGUUGAUGUUUGGCUUUAUUUUGAACCCUGAGAACGCAAUGAACAUUGUCGAUAAGGGACCGCCCGCUAAUAUGCCAGAGGCUGAAGAAUUUAGGGCAUUCUGGGGCGAUAAAUCGGAGCUCCGUCGUUUCCAAGACGGUUCCAUCACCGAAGCGUGUGUGUGGAGCGCGGACUGCUUGGCCGAGCGUAGAGACAUCUGCCGGCAGAUACUGGACCACCUACUGAAGAUCAAGUACGACAUCUCCCCCCCCCAGCUGUUCCACAUCGGCUCCCAGCUGGAGUCCUUGACCGUGAGACGGUCUGCUGGAGCCGCCCCGCUGGACGAGAGCUCUCUCUCCGUGCUGCAGGCCUUCGACGAGCUCCGGGGAGAGUUGAGGGCACUCGGCCAGCUGCCUCUGGAUAUCACUGCUGUUUAUGGCAUAUCCCCGGUGUUCAGCUACUGCGAGCCCGUCCCGCCACUCCCCGCUCUGGCAGAGAAUAACCCGCGACGCCGGGGAGACGCCUCACUGAUUAAGGACACCAGCAGCAGGCUGCCCGAGUACAUCCCCGUGAACAGAGCCAUCUUGGAACUAACUCACAGCGGCAAAUGGCCAGGAGAUCUGGAAGCGUUCCGCUGUUUGAAGGCAGCGUUUCACCUGCAAAUAGCCGAUCGACUGAAGAAGCAAUACUCCUUGCCCACACAGGCCUCCGACUCCUACGUGGAUGUUCUGAAGAGUGGCUUCGUGUUUCGUCUGGAGAUAGCCCACCCCAAGGAGGUCACCCUGGUGAGGAGGGGGGUGGAGCGGGGGGUGGUGAGGUUCCAGGAGACUGAGGCCAGUGUGGAGUUGCAGCGGGAGACUGUUCUGUUGCCGAGGUUGAGGGGCGCUUUGCAUGGACUGCACCAGCGCCACCCAUGCUUCGGUCCGGCCACAGCGCUGCUAUCCCGCUGGCUGUCCGGCCACCUGCUGGCCCCCCACUUCCCCCCCGCCCUGGUGGAGCUGCUGGUGGCCGCCGUGUUCACCCGGGCGUCCCCGCUGGUGGCGUCCAUGGGGCCUCCGCUGAGCGUCUGUGCAGCCCUACUGCGGGCGUUGAAACUGCUGGCUGAGACCGACUGGACGCGGGAAAUGAUACUCUUGGACUUCAACGAUGAUCUCACUAAGGAAGAUAGGACGGAAAUAGAGCGCCAGUUCGCUUCCCGGGACGAGCGUGCCCCCUACAUGUUCGUGGCGACGGCGUACGACGGAGCCCUACCGGCCGUUUGGGGCCGUACAGGGCCGGGCGUCAGGGCUGCGCUACGGGCCCGGGCCCUAGCGCGGGCCUCCCUACAGUUCGCGGAGACGGCGCUACUGGCGGACACCAGGGAAGACAUCCUGGAGACCUUCAUCCCAUCCCUUAAGGGCUACGACGUGCUGAUCCACCUGAACCCUCACCUGGUGCCGUUCUCCGGCGAGAGGCUGUGUUCGAAGCCCCGCGCGAAGCCUCAGGGCUCCAUCACCGACCUCAUACCUGUUGUCGAGUUCAACCCUGUACGCAGAUAUCUGGAAGAACUAAAGUCGAUUUAUGACGACUUCGCGGUUUUCUUCUACGACGUGUACGGAGGAGACGUCAUCGCAGUGUUGUGGAAGCCGGAUGUUCACGAGACGAAAGAUUUACAGAUACUCAAAGCGAACGGAUUAAAACCUGUGACGACAAACGGACAGACAAAAUACAAAGUUAACAUCGAUGCUAUUAUUGAAGAUUUCAAGAUUAUAGGGGAAGGACUUGUCACUAAUGUUACUCUUAAUAAUGAGUAAAAUAUACAUAUGUAUAUUAUUGUAUAUAUUUACUAGGAGUUGCCAGUUACAAUAAAAUGACACAGCAGGUAAUAUCCUGCUCAAAAUCUGAAGGAGCCCAACUGGGGAUGCACUCCGACGUUACAAAAUAUCACAGCUAAAUAAUACUUAUAUGUUGUGUUCCUGUGGUGAGUAAGGGUCGGCAACGCGCUUGUUUGGUGUCACAGACGUCAAUAGGCUACGAUAACCGCUUACCAACACGUGGGCUGUAAUUUUGUCGACCUAGUCGUAUAAAAAACGUAUAUGGUUCACCAAUAAGUUGCAGAUGUAUCUCGUUGAAUAAGGUUUCCAUUUUUUAAGAGGAUAUUUGCAUGAAUCUGUGGGAUGUGUUUGUAGUACAAGAGACAAUUUUUUAAAAGUAUUUUAACUGUGUCAAUGUGGCAACUUCUAGAAAAUACGUUUAAAUUUUUGUAUGUUAGGUGCUUAAAAUUAAUGUAUAAUAUUUAAAAUUAAAGCCUUAUUAAUAUAA